AUGCCGUCGAAAGUGUCCUGGCUCCCUCUGCUGGCGCUCUGUUCGCUCUGGACAGGGCUCGUCGGCGCUGUGAGCGGUCAAGAAGCGCUGCAGGCACUCCAGGAAGCACGAGGCUACCGGCUGGGGGAACUGAUUCCCGUGUCCUGUCUCAAUCGUACCAUCGAAACAGGCGAGCACAUCACCGACGCGUCCGGGCAACUCCAGUACAUACCGUUCCCGACCUGCAACGAGACGGGGCGGGCGCUGGAGCUCUUCUUCGGGGUGGAGCGGGAGAUGAACUGCACGAUUGACUUUGUCACGGACGAGCUCUUCCACCUGCUCGAGUUCUACAUCCACAACGACGCGCCGCUCAGCUGCCGCAUCCCGUCGAAGCCGCUCCCGCCCAGCGUGCUCGAGCAGCACUACCGAGUCAGCGAGUCAGCGACGCAAGAGGGCGCGCUCGGUACGCAGAGCACGCUGUACAGCCCGCUCACCAUGGCGCUCGCGGGGACGCUGCAGCUCAGCCACCUGCACGUCGGCAACCACCUGAACCUGCUGCUGCACGCGGGCGACGCCAGGGGCAGCGGCAGCGGCAGGGGCAGCGGCAGGGGCAGCGACAGGGACAGCGCGGGCACCAUCGACGCCGCGACCGCGUACAGCAUCGCCAGCCACGUCCGCAACGCCAAAAUCACUAUCGGUGACCCCUUGCCCCUGUCCUUUAGCGUUCGCUGGUACCCAGGCACUACCCUCCCCCACGGCUGGUCGGGCUACGGCGGGCACAUUUACCUGUCCACGCUGCUGUACUGCGUGCUGAGCGCGGGUGCGAGCGCGGCUGUGUGCGUGGCGUACUUUAGGGGCGUCGAGCUGCCGCGGCGACUGAGGCGGUAUGCGCGGGAUAAGAUGAAUGGAGGCGGGAGAUUUGGUAUGGGUGGAGGAAGUGGAGGAAGUGGAGGUGGAGGUGGAGGAGGAGGUGGAGGGAGUGGGUAUGGCUUGCCGAUGCCGAACGGGGGGUUGAAUCGGAAUGGAAGUGGGUAUGGACUGGGGGGGUAUGGGUACGGGGGGAGUGGGCUGGGAAAGAAGGAUUAG